AUGUCGGUCGAGCAAAACCCUACCUUGGAAAAGGACAUCGGUCCCGAGACCGAGAGCAACGGAACUGCCCCCCUCAGGCACGAGAUGACUGCGGAGGAGACUGCUCGAGCUGCUGCGCGCUUCGGCUAUGGUCCGAUGGCUCACGUCAACACCGCCGAGGCCAACUUGCGUCCCUUCGGAGGAGAGUUCCAGCCCGGUCUGUACAAGUCGGUCGAAGGCCGCAAGUUCGCCAACCCAGCUCCUCUGGGUCUCUGCGCUUUCGCCCUCACCACUUUCGUCCUGAGCGCGGUCAACAUGGGAACCCGGGGUAUUUCCGCACCCAACAUCGUUGUCGGCCUGGCUUUUGGAUAUGGUGGUCUCGUUCAGCUGCUUGCUGGCAUGUGGGAAAUGGCAGUUGGAAACACUUUCGGUGCCACUGCUCUGUCGUCUUAUGGUGGUUUCUGGAUCUCCUUCGCGAUCAUUCUGACUCCCGGUGGAUUCGACAUCGAGUCUGCGAUCGAAUCGGCUGGCGGCGCCUCGAUGUUCUACAACUCGAUGGGUCUCUUCCUCAUGGGCUGGUUCAUCUUCACCACCAUCAUGCUGUUCUGCACCCUGCGCUCGACUGUUGCUUUCUUCCUGCUGUUCUUCUUCCUGGACUUGACCUUCUUGCUCCUGGGUAUUGGAUACCUGCAGCGCAACGAUACCAACGAGGUCAACACCCCUGUCAUCAAGGCUGGCGGCUUCUUCGGCUUCCUGGCUGCCUUCGCUGCUUGGUACAACGCCUUGGCGGGUAUUGCCGACAGCAGCAACAGCUUCUUCAUCAUCCCGGUCGCCCACUUCCCGUGGUCUCCGACCGCUCGUUCUCGCCAGAAGACUGCUCGCGAGACGGUCUAA